UGCAAUCAGAUCUGCUUUGCUCAGCCAAUGGCCUGUGAGUAUCCCGGGGCCGUAGGGAAACUGAGUCUAAGUUCGAGAAGCUUUCUUUGGACACUACUACACUUCGCCAGAUAUCAAACUACAUAUCCCACAAGACAGAGCGCUGUAGAGGCCGGCCAACGCGGGCUCCUGGAGAACUUCGGGAGAUGUAGUACAGACCUGUUCACCCAUAAGCCUGUACAACGGAGACUAAGAGACAAUGGAAACUACCAUUCCCAGGCAGCCAAGUGGCCAGGCCUCGAAGCUCACCUCCCUCGUCCACGGUCUCAGUUUAUUCUCCUGCCUCAGUUCUGUAGCUGAUAUCAAACUUGGUGCACUGACUGGUUCUCAGAACACCCUGUCCCGGCGUCCGAGCCUACCUUUACUACUUAGCCUUUUCUCCAGAGUGCUCGUGGGCGGGCUGGAGGCGUUUCGAGGUCGUGACCCCGCCCUCACCGCGGAGCCCACUGGGGGCUGGUCUCCAUGGCAACGGACUGUACACUACCGCAACGGAGCUAGCUUGCUUCUCCUCCAGAGUCAUGGCCAACCCACAGACGCGUUACUACAGUUUCUCCAAGUCGAGAACUGGCACACAAUCUUCAGGAGGGACUGCAGAAGUCAAGGGUGUUGAGAAACGCAAGCUCUCUCAGAAACGAAGAACACUGCCCUUUCAGUUAUCCAUGGGUGGCCACCUGUCCCCAUGGCCAACAUACACCAGUGGCCAGACAAUUCUAUAUCAACGGAAGCCCUGUUCAGAAGACUGCCGGAAUCGAACCAAUAGCUGGCAGCAGCAUCCCCUGGGCACUUCCAAGCCCAGGUACCUGGAGCAACUAGAGAAUUACCUGCGCAAGGAGCUCCUCCUGCUGGACCUGGGCACGGAUUCUGCACAAGAGUUGAGGCUACAGCCUUACAGGGAGAUCUUCGAGUUCUUCAUAGAGGAUUUCAAGACAUACAAGCCAUUGUUAUCCUCCAUCAAGAAUGCAUAUGAGGUGAUGCUGGCCCACCAAAGGGAGAAAAUCCGGGCCCUGGAGCCCCUGAAGGCCAAGAUUAUCACUAUGAAUGAGGACUGCAGUGAGAGGAUUCUGGCCAUGAGGGCUGAAGAGAGGUAUGAAAUCUCCUUGCUCAAGAAAGAGAAGAUGAAUUUGCUAAAGCUCAUUGAUAAAAAGAAUGAAGAGAAGAUCUCAUUGCAGAGUGAGGUGAGUAAAUUGAGGAAGAGCUUGGCUGAGGAGUACCUCCGUUACCUUACUGAGCGAGAUGCCCGCAAGAUUCUCAUCGGGGACCUGAAUGAGCUGCGAUACCAACGAGAAGACAUGUCACUAGCCCAGUCCCCAGGUGUUUGGGGAGAGGAUCCUGUGAAGCUAACACUGGCACUGAAGAUGACUCGACAAGACCUGACCCGCAUUCAGAUGGAACUCAACACCAUGAAAGCCAACUUUGGAGACGUAGUACCCAGGAGGGACUUUGAAAAGCAGGAGAAGAUCAACCUGGAUCUUCAAGAGCAGCUGGAAAGCCUGAAAGCUGAUUAUGAAGAGGUCCGAAAGGAACAUGAGUUACUUCUGCAGUUGCACAUGACCACUCUGAAGGAGCGGGACCAGUUCUAUGCGGAGCUGCAGGAGAUUCAGCGCACCUCCACACCUCGACCUGACUGGACCAAAUGCGAAGGAAUCAUAGCAGGGGGCUCAGAACGCUGGCUAAUGCUGGCUGAAGGAAAGAACAGUGACCAGCUGGUGGAUGUGCUGCUGGAGGAGAUUGGCAGCGGUCUGCUUCGCGAGAAAGACUUCUUCCCUGGGCUGGGCUUGGAAGAAUCUGUCCCUGCCUUCCUUCGCUUUGAUGGCCCUGUGGAGAACAAGAAGCCAAGCAAGAAGGAAGUGGUAAAUAUUCUUGAGGAUGCCUGGAAGGAGCGUCUCGCACAGGAGCAGAAAGAGUCAUUCCAAGAUUUCUUCACCAACUUUCUGGAGCGACGCUUUGGGAGCAAUGAUGCCAUAGCCUGGGCUUAUACCAUUUUUGAAAAUAUCAAGCUCUUUCGCUCUAUUGAAGUCAUGAAUCAGUUCUAUGCAGUGUUGAUGGGAAAGAGGAAGGAGACUGUAUAUAUCAACCAAAGGGAGACAAUGUCCCAUCUGAUGAAGGAGAUGACAAAUAUUGACACUCAGAACGAGGGGUUAAUAACCAUGGAGCAGUUCAGCACCAUCCUCAAGACCACCUUUCCUCUCAAGAAGGAAGAGCAAAUCCAGGAGCUAAUUGAGGCAGCAGGCUGGAGUCCAGACAUCAACAAUGUAGAAAUGUUCAACUACCGAACAUUGUUUACCGAGGAUGAGGAGGGGCAAAGCGAGCCAUUCGUGCAGAAGCUGUGGGAACAGUAUGACAGUGAAAAGGAAGCAUACUUACAAGAAUUGAAGGAGGAUCUGGGCCAGGAGCUCACUGAUGAGGUGAGCCUAUCGAAGAUGCGUGUGGCCCUGAUGAACAUCGAUCCCAGCUUGGACAAGCAGACACUGUGUACUUACCUGAGCCAGGCCUUUCAGCUCCCUGUGGCAGAACUGCCAUUGGAGGAUGAAGAGAAGCAGGAGGAAAUUGUGGUAAAACUUGAGACUGCACUUGAACAGCUUCGGAUAGCAGACACCAAACGUGUAGGACUUCGAGAGCCAGAACCAGCAAGCUAGAACCUCCAUGGACAACUUAAGUAUACCAAUGUUGCUAAACUUCCAGUAUAAAGUAUAUAUAUAAAUUUAUAU